AGAUGUUUCCGAAAUAAAGACUGGAAGGAUGGUGUAGUUUACAGAACUGCAUUUGUUAUACUUCUGCAUAAUAACCACACAACGAUUUCAACUAAUCAAACUCAACAUGAGAUUUUCCUUGCAAAAAUUAAUUCUUGCUAUCGGUGCAAUUGUCCUGGUACAGAUAGCUAUAUACUUAUGGAACAGCAAUAAACCUCGACGUAAUCAGAAAACUGUUUUUGUCAUGAAACAAAUGCAGCGUAAACAAAUUUUAGAAGACGGCUCUUGUGAUUUUAAUAAAUGCAAUCCUGUAAAAGAGGGAAUGUUGAAUGUACACUUGAUACCUCACAGUCACGAUGAUGUAGGGUGGUUAAAGACUGUAGAGCAGUAUUACACGGGAGAGGCUGGUGGUUCCGGUCGCUCCCAACAUCCGGGUACAGAAUGUGUACGUUGUGUGUUAAACACGACCAUUCCAUUACUAGUGGCUAAUCCUAACAGAAGAUUUAUAUUUAUUGAAAUGGCAUUUUUAGAACGAUAUUGGAGAGAAAUAUCUCCUGAUAUACAAAAUCAAAUAAAAAAACUAAUAAAAGAUAGACGUUUGGAAUUGGCUAUUGGUGGUUGGUGUAUGAGUGAUGCUGCUACAACUUUUUAUAAUGAUAUCAUAGAUCAACAUACACUGGGUUUUGAUUUUAUUGAAAAACAUUUUGGGAAAUGUGGUCAAUCUAGAUACGGUUGGCACGUUGAUCAAUUUGGUCACUCCCGUGAGCACUCGUCUAUAUUCGCUCAGAUGGGGUUUGAUGGUCUAUUCGUUGGAAGAAUUGAUUUUCAAGAUUACAACGACAGACAUCAAAAUAAAAAGAUGGAAUUUUUAUGGAAAAGUAGUGCCAACUUAGGUGACAAAGCUUCUCUAUUUACACAUGUGUCUUACGAUGGUUACUAUGCACCAAGGGAAUUACAAUUUGAAGGUAGACGACCUGAUAAUGUGAAAAGUUCUACAGCGAGAUAUGUUCAAGAUAUGAUACGAAUAGCCAAGGAGAGAGCUAGAGUUUUUAAAACUCAACAUUUGAUGUUCCCUAUGGGAGCCGAUUUUGCCUACAGACAAGCCAAUGAAUGGUUUUCAAAUAUGGAUGCCUUAAUAGAAAAUACUAAUUUACAUCAAGCAGAUGGUUCAAAUGUUAAUUUAUUAUACUCCACGCCAUCAUGUUAUUUGCAUUACGUAAACAAGGAAAAGAUAACCCUCCCAACAAAAUCCGAUGAUUUUUUUCCGUAUGCUAUUCCUCCUAAAGCCUAUUGGACGGGAUAUUUUACAAGUCGUGCAGGAAUGAAGCUGCAUGUGAAAAAAGCCGGAUCAAUCCUUCAGGCAUGUAAAGAAUUGAAUGUCAUGACACGAUUAACAGGAACUUUUGAUCGAAUAGAAGUGCUGAAAAGAGCUCAGGGAAUAUUACAGCACCAUGAUGCUAUAACUGGGACAGAAAAGGAACAUGUAGCCAAUGAUUAUAAUAAGUUACUAAGUGAAGGCAUAGAAAAAUGUGAGUCUGUUAUCAAAGAGGCUUUUCCAAAAUUAUUUUUGAAGUCAGAAGCCAGUAAAGAAGAUAUACCUAAAUUUGAAUUCUGUGAAAAAUUGAACAUAACGGAAUGUGACGUAUCAGAAUCAAAUGCUCAGUUCUUUGUCCAUACUUAUAAUCCUUUGUCAAGAGCCGUUGAUCAUUGGAUGCGAUUACCAGUAUCAGAUAAAAAGUAUAAAGUUAUUGAUGGAAACUCGAAUGAAGUUACUUCUGAUAUGAUUCCAAUAUCAGAGAAAACUAAGUCUAUACCUGGAAGGAAAUCAACAGCUGCGAAUGAAAUAGUUUUUUUGUUAACAUUGCCGCCUUUUGGUUUCAAAACUGUGUAUGUUUCUGCUCAGUUAGGCAGUGGGAAUCUUUUACCAGUGUCACCAGCACCUAAGUCUGAUUUUACAGUAGGUAAUAAGAUGAUAGAAUUGGCGUUUGAUGGCAACACUGGACUUGUGAAGAGUGCCACAAAUCUCAAUAGUGGUAAAGCUGUAAAACUGGAGCAAGAUUUCUAUUAUUACAUCGGUGAUACUAGUAUGAGAGCGUCGGGUGCUUACGUCUUUAUUCCGAAGUUUAAAAAUCCCACAAAAAUUAGAGGUCAAAAUCCAGUAGCAGUAAAAAUUGUUCAGGGUGUAAAUGUUAAAGAAAUUCACCAAGAGUUCAGUUCCUGGGUAUCUCAAGUGAUAAGAUUAUAUGAUAAUAGUCCUUAUGUUGAAUUGGAAUGGCAAGUUGGACCAAUCCCUGGAAACGAUUAUGUGGGCCGUGAAGUAAUAUCAAGAUUUAACACUAAUAUUGAUAGUAAAGGCGAAUUCUAUACUGAUUCUAAUGGAAGAGAAAUGUUAAAAAGAAGACGAGAUAAACGUGAAACAUGGAAUUUACAAGUGAUAGAAGCCGUAUCAGGAAAUUAUUAUCCUAUAACAAGUAAAAUGUUUAUACAGGAUGAGUCCAAGGAUGUAAGAGUUAGUGUAAUGACUGAUAGGUGUCAGGCGGGAGGAAGUAUUCAAGAUGGCAGCAUGGAAUUAAUGGUACAUAGACGAUUAUUUAGAGAUGAUGGCUUAGGAGUGUCAGAAAAUCUCAACGAAUUAGGCGAAGAUCAAAAAGGCAUAAUCUAUAAAGGGAAACAUUACUUAUUUAUCGAUGGUAUAGAGAAAUCAAAUGAAGUAACUAGAGACAUGGCAUUAAAAAUACAUCUUCAACCAACUCUGUCAUUUACAGCUACCACUACUAAUUUUGAUGCAUUCAAGACGGUGUAUAAUUAUGAGUGGUCUGGUUUGAGGAAUCGAUUACCACCAAAUGUCAACAUAUUAACAUUAGACCAAAUUCUGCCUGGUGAAACUGAGGUUUAUUUAUUACGAUUAGAACAUAUUUAUGAAGCAAAAGAACAUUCCGAAUUAUCCAAAGAAGUCACAGUAUCUUUAGAGGAGCUAUUUACACCAUUUAAUAUUGUUUUUAUUACUGAACUAUCUCUUGGUGGUAAUUUUCAUAUUUCCGAUGUUACAAGAUUACAGUGGACAACUGACGAUGGCUCUGUUUCUCCCAGUAAAAUAGGUUCCACGCAAGAUUCCUCAACUUUACAAGCUCCGUUCCAUAUACUCCUCAAACCAAUGGAGAUUCGCACAUUCCGUAUUCAAAUAUCCGCCCGAGAUAGCUGAAAUCUCAUGCCUUGCAUUUUUAAUAAACAUCUUUUUUUUCUUUUUUUUUUUGUGGUUAUGUCUGUUCAUUUUCUUUUUAAAAUGUUGUUCUAUUGUAUAAAUUUUAAUUGUUACAAUAUUUUAAUAAAAAAAUAUUUUGUUA